UGUGAGAAAACAUGUGUCAUUUAGUUAAAUGUGAGAAAACUAGUUAUAGGUUUCACUUUCAUAGCUUUAAGAUCACUUACAUUUAUCAGGUUUGCUUUGGCCCGUGUCCAGUUACCGAUACAUCUCCGGGUGAAUCCUCUUGUGUCACCAUGCCCACGAAAAACGUAUCACUCAGAGCAGUUUCUUCCACUCUGUGCACAUGAUCCUUUUGAUUUUGCUUGUUUUUGGUGAAGCAUUGUUUAGUGAUUUUUGUCCUUUUACACUGUUUUCUUGCAUGUCUGGUGCCACACCUUUUGCACAUAAAUGUCUAUGUAUCCUUCAGUUCUUUAUUAUAUGUCAUUUUGUGCUUCUUGUAGCUUUAUUUUCUUACUCGUUGACACUGUUGCUACAGAUGCUCCUUCUGCGUCCCUCGCUGUCCCGCUGAAUAUCUUGGCAUGUUGCAGUGCUAAUUCACUAGCAUGACAUAUUUUCAUAAGACCGACUAACUUUAAUUCAGUCUCUCGAAAAAAGUCUCUCUUUUUUUCAUUUUUACCAAACACAAUUUGGUCUCUUAUCAUUGACUCCUGCAGUAAUCCAAAAUUGCAUAUUCUAGCUUUGAGUUUUAAGUCUGUUUGUAGCGGCGAAUUUCUUACUAUCAAUUUUAAAUGGCCACUGAGGAGCCACAGGCUGGUUGAUUACAUGGAAACUAACAAAUCAAAAACAGUGCAAUGUCCAUUCCAGUUAAUGUUGUAUGGGAGUGAUUUAUUGUUCCAACAAACAAUCCGUGGUGGCUUCCUAUUGCGUGGGUUCAUGUGUCUUGUGGCCGCUGUCCAUUCACGUUUCCUUUGCCGGUUUCUGUCCUUCCAACUCUGACUUUCUGUCUCUGGUAAAACCUGUUUGCCAUCCCAGGCUCGUCCCGUCUCAUUAACCCGUCCCCCUGUAUAGCCGGUGAGGUCCCGGCCGUGCCCGAGACAUAAUUAAACCAAUUAAUGUAAAACAAUUUAUCUAAUGCAAAUUAUCUAAUAAGCAAAUCAACAGUAGAAACUAACCUAAAUUAUGGCAAUGAAUCAAACAUACUGUGUAUUGAUAUACAACAAUUAAUAAAGAAAACAAAUAGCUACUACCUGUCAAAAAUGUAUCAAAACUUUCCGCAGGCUGCUGCGGAAAACAUUACAGAAAAAGUCCUUUUUUGAAGGUUUUAUUCUUUUUUUGAGAACAGUGUUUAUCAAACUUUUAACAAUAGUGUUGAACCUUUCCUCUUCAGCAUACACAAAUGUGUUGUAUACUUCCACUGCUUGUUCUGCUACUGUAAGAAGCAUACUCCAAUACUGGGAGAAACAGAAAUAUGUCUAUCCCCAUUUAUGUAAGUUAGUGGUGGUAAAACCUUGUGAGAGACUGUAUUCCAGAGCAGAAGAAAUAAUGUCAAACCUUUUCAUGGUCUUUGAACAAACGAACCUGGAACCCCCAGACCUCACCAGUUGUUUCCUCCCUGGAGUUUCUCGGCCUGAUGCCAUUCUGCAACCGUCACUGAAUUCCUUUUGCCGUGAGAUGUACAGAUGUGUGAAAGCAGGUUCUCCUGGUCCCCUGAUGAGCAAUGAUGAUGCACAACAAUAGUUUUAACAGAUUGUGUGUUCUGAAGUUGCAAAUAGUCUACAUCCGUCAGCUCUGAGGGGAAAAGUCAGUUUGCCAGGUUUAGAACACUGGCUUGGCUGAUGAACAGACUUCCACUGAAAUUCUCUAGAACUCUGUAUUAAUGUGAACCAUGUGUCUCAGUGAACUGUUUCAGAGCACAUUUAACUGUCGCAAUAAUCUGAUGUUUUUCGAGGUCAAGUGAGUAUGCAGCGACUUACUGUAGAACACAGAAUGGUGCUCCUUCGUGGCACCAGUACAUGUAGGUGCUGUUAAAAUCAGCACCUAAUGUAAUAGCUCAAACGCAAACAUUCUCUUUCUAAUGGUUUUAGACAUGGUCCAGAAAAUAGGUCGAAGGUCAUACACAGGAAGACUCUCAGGUGACGGUGCAGGCGAGGAGCAGGCAGACUCAGGUAAUCACCAGGCUAUGGUCGCUAACAAGCAGACACGGCAGUAAGGGUUUGACCUCAGCUGCUGUUUACAGUAGCUGUGACUUUCUGUUUGUCUUUCUUUUAUGGGUUUGGUGUAGUAUUGUAUUGAUUUAAAGUACAAAUAUGUCAGUAGAUGCAGUAGAUAUGAGAUAUAUGUAGGUUCAUUGGUGGCCCAAUGAACAGGGUUGUUUCUGCCACAGAAUCAGCAGGUGUUCAUGGAGAUUAAUUGAAACCAAAUUAAUCAGAUUCAGUUUUAUUCGCCAGGUUUGCACAAGACAAACAAGGAAUUGCAUCCGGUCUGACUCUGGCUGUUCAUGCCCUCUGAUGGAAUGGGAAUAUUAAUUAUUUACUGUAGGUAUGGUCCUUCCACGUAGAAGAAUCCUCUACUUUGAUUCAACUGCUGGAAGUGUUUGAAGAUAGUCAAUAGUCAGAAGAGCUGCUGAAUCCUGGAGCACAAUAACCUGUUUCCUCUAAUGGAUGGAUGCAGAUUAAAUUAUCAACAGUUGCGAUCCACCGGGAAGCUCCCAGAUGUCCGGAUUCAGUUGGAUGAUCCAAUUAUCCACUUGACUGUGGUGUUUGUGUUGAGGAACCACGAAGCUUUAAGGGAUCUGGAUUCAGGAGGAGACGGACCGGAGUCCAGACAGAGACUCACUGCACCGACCUGAAGUACGAGAUGCUGCUGCUUAUUCAGCGUCUCAGUAACUUGGAGGCUGUUCAUUCAGACCUACUGCUUCGAGGAUAGGACAUUCAUGUAGAGUAACAAACCUCUGGCCUUUAGAAAAGGCCUCGUGUCUGAGAACUUUUUACUGUUUGUACAAGGCUUUGACAGGAAAUGCAAACGCCAGGAACCGGCCCAGGACUCAGAGUUUGCAGCUGUGUGGUGCUCAUUGAGUCUGAGGCCUGGACUCAUGAUAACCUUAUAUCAUCACUAGCUCACAUCUCCACAAAGGUUUCCGUUCUCUCUCUGACUUCUGUUUUUUGGACUAAAAAAUGUUUGCCUGAGGUGAAGCGCUGCCUGAACCUGCCCGACUAUGUCCAGAAGAGGGAAGGGGUCACGUAGCCCAGCAAAGACAGGGGCCUGGCACCGUCACACCCACUAAACCCCUCCUUGAAAUUCUCCUCUGCUCUGCUUUUUAUUGAGGAGCCGACUGAUGACAACAUGUGUUAACAGCGUUUUCCACUCAUUCCACAAAUGUUUUGUUGUCAAUGUUAUCACAGUGGGCUGACACCACUUCAGCUUUCUAAAACAAAUAUCAGACUUGUGAUGCUUAGACUCAGCUUGGUUGGUAGUGCAUUGGUCUGCAGAAGGGAACAGCUGCUGCAGCUCUCCAGGACGUCGUUCAGUCUUAUCAGGCCACAUCUAUCAUCUCAGUGACUAAUGACACCACUGAACGCUGGGAUAACAUUCAGAGAAGGGAGACGCAAUAUAUAAGUUGUGAUUCAGAUGACCUUUAACCUCCAGUGAGGUUUCUCAGCUAGAAGGUGGCUCUGUUUGGUUUUUAUCUCACGGUUGGUUUUGGUGGAGCUCAGAAGCAGAUGGAGAGACUUUCAGCAUUCAUAAUAUACUGCCUCUUUGGUAUGGUUGCUAGUGAGCAACAGUGAAUCAGUAAACACAGUCUGUGUGUCGUCAGUAUGAACAUGAUCUUUGCGUGUGUGGGUGUUUCCAGUUAUGGCAGAUAAAAACACGCUCAGCAGUGUGGGCUGAAUCAGGACCACGUCUAUGGAAGAACUUUGGGCUGGAAUCAAUCUGUCCACGAAUUACUGCACAGUGAUGUUUGUUGGCUGCAGGCUGAUUUCUCAUCACACACUGGAACCUGAUGGCAGCUCCAGAACCUCCAGUAACCCAGUAGUUCAGUGUCCUGCCACAGUUAAGAGACAGAGUGACUGUCAGCACGUCAUUGAUCCACAGUCUGUUUUCCAGUAACACACACAUGCAGUGUUACCACGGACCUGCGCUUCCACUCGGCUCCUGGCACUCUGUGCUCUUUUAGUAGCUGCUAACAUGGCUGCUGGCUCUAGUGUCUUGUUCACGUUCCGUCUCAUCUCAGGUUCUUCUUGAAUCUCAGCUUUCUUGGUAGCGAAACAAAGAAUGCGCUUUUGGCUUGGGAUUCCUCAGGGUCAAUUCAGGCCUGGCUGCAUUGAUCUGAUGCUGAUUUUUGAUAAGCCAGAAGAAAAGCAGACGCCAGGAUGCUCCCGUCAAACUAAUGCCCACAGUCGGCUUGUUACGGGCUGGAAGCCCUAAAUGAUGGGGUCAUGCAGUGAUUUCAUUGAACUGCAUAGAAUCCGAUCUAGGAUUCAUCGGGUCUGCCUGCGGGGGCGGGUGGGAGGUGUUUCCUGCAGGGACAAGCCUGCACCUCCCUACAUGGCUGUGGGACUCGUGUUUGGUGAGCGGAGGGUGCGGACGCAGAGCAGCACAUCUGAGAGAAACCCCAGGAACAGGGAGCCAGCAUGGAGUGGAGGACGGGGCUUCUGCUCUGCCUCAUCACAGCGGCCUGUUUCUACGGCAACGCUGCCCAGAGGACAGUCUGCACUCAAGAAGCUGUAGCCGACAUCGUCUUCAUGGUUGAUGGUUCGUGGAGUAUCGGCGCAAGCAACUUUGAGCAAAUCCGUCUGUUUCUGUACACACUGGUGAACAGCUUCGACAUUGGUCCCGACCGUGUCCGCAUCGGCUUAGUCCAGUACAGCACCACUCCACGCACAGAGUUCCUACUCAGGACCUAUCAGACCAAGCAGGAAAUCCUGAAUUAUAUCACCAAGUUGCCAUACAGGGGCGGUGGCACCCACACAGGCGAGGGCUUGGACUUCAUCCUUAAAGAACACUUUGUGGAAGCAGCUGGCAGUCGAGCUGCCCAGAAGGUUCCACAGAUCACUGUGGUGAUCACCGAUGGCGAAUCACAAGAUGAUGUGAAGUCCUCUGCCGACGAGUUGAAGAGAAAAGGAAUGGUUUUGUAUGCAAUUGGUAUCAAAGACGCGGAUGAAGACCAGCUCAGAGAGAUAGCUAGCAGGCCGUACCACCAGCAUGUUUACAGCGUGUCAGACUUUGCUGCUCUGCAGGGAAUUUCACUGAACAUCGCUCAGACUCUAUGCACAACAGUAGAGGAAGCUAAACGACAACUCCUGCAACUGUUUCCAGAAUGUGCUACAGCCACUGUGGCAGACAUUGUGUUCUUGGUCGAUGGCUCCAGCAGCAUUGGCGACACUAACUUUCAAGAGAUCCGAAAGUUUCUGAGAAGCGUUGUCUCCAACCUUGACAUUGGCCCCAAUAAAGUCCGACUUGGCCUGGCACAGUACAGUGACGAACCUUACCAGGAGUUCCUCCUGAAGGACCACAUGGACAGGAAGUCCCUGCUGUCUGUGCUGGACACAUUUUCCUACCGUACAGGAAGCAAAAAAACCGGCAAGGCCAUCGACUUCAUCCUGCAGACAUAUUUCACGGAAGAGGCCGGAAGCAGAGCCAACCAGCGAGUGCCCCAGAUUGCUGUCAUCAUCACAGACGGAGGGUCAACAGACAAUGUGACAGAGCCUGCCCAACGCCUGAGGCAGCACGGCGUCCUGGUGUUUGGGAUCGGGGUGGGAGAGGCCGGCAUGAAUGAACUUGCAGACAUUGCUAAUCGCCCCCGAAAGCGGUUCCUGUUUUCCAUUGAUAACUACCAAGCACUGCGGGGGUUGACAAGCAGUCUGCUGCAAACAGUUUGCGUCUCCAUGGAGAAUCAAAGGCUAGCCUUGGCAGAAAGGUUCACAGACAUUUUCUUCCUGGUGGACAGUGGUGUGAGUGCUACAGACUUUCAGCAGGUCAGGAAUAUUAUGUUUCGACUGGUCAAUCAACUUAAAAUUGGAGGAUCUGGCCACCGUCUUGGCUUGGCCCAGUAUGGUCAGGACGUAAAGGUGGAAUUUCUUUUCAAUGCUUUUCAAACCAAAAACGAAACCCUGGGAGGCAUAAAGCGCUUCCGUCAACGUAAACUUCAACCCAACGAGCCACGCAACCUCGGCAGUGCACUGGCCAGUGCUAGCUUCAUUUUCAGUAGCGAGUCAGGAAGCCGUGCCGACCGAGGCUUCAAACAGUACCUGAUUGUUGUAAGUGGAAAAGACUCCGAUGAUCCUGUUUAUAAGUCAUCACGCCAAAUCAAAGCAGAGGGAAUAACUGUUGUGGGCUUGAGUCUCGGCGCAUCCGAGAAUGAAAUGCGUGUCAUUGCAACUCCACCAUACUUCUUCCUAUCCAUAGCGAGCAUUGUUCCCACACUGAAGGGUGUUAUCGAAAUGGAGAAGGACCAGACCACUCUCACUGGAGAUUGUAAAGCAGCCAAACUUGCAGACAUAGUGUUCAUUGUGGAUGAGUCUGGAAGCAUAGGCACCAAUAACUUUCAGUUGGUCCGUGAUUUUCUCUACUCCAUUGUAAGCGGUCUGGAUGUCAGUCUAAAUAGAGUCAGAGUUGGCAUCGUUACAUACAAUGGCAGGCCCAACACACUGGUCUACCUUGACAGCUUUAGUGAUAAGAAUGAACUACAGAACUUCAUUAAAAUCCUGCCCUAUCAUGGAGGGGCCACAAACACAGGCGCUGCCAUCAAGUUCACCAGGGAAAAGAUUUUUAUUGAGUCAAGGGGAAGCAGGGAAGGUAAAGGUGUGCAGCAGGUGGCAGUGGUGAUCACAGAUGGGGAGUCCCAGGACAACGUGAGCAAUGCAGCAGCUAAUCUCCGUCGGGACGGAGUCAUCGUUUACGCUGUAGGAGUCAAAGAUGCCAACGAAGAGCAGCUAAGGCAAAUAGCGUCGUAUCCCCCCAAUAAGCAUGUGUAUACUGUGGACAACUUCGUCAAGCUGAAAGCUCUGGACCAGAGCCUGCAAAAGUCCCUUUGUCAGAACAUCCUACAGCAAGCGAUCACAGUCAGUUCGAGAAGAAGUGACAUCAAAGAAGGCUGUACACAAACGGACGAAGCAGACAUCUUCUUUCUGAUUGAUCAGUCGGGAAGUAUUUACCCCUCUGACUUCCAAGACAUGAAGAAAUUCAUCAUAGAGUUUCUGCGCACAUUUCAUAUUGGCCCCCAACAUGUCCGCAUAGGACUCACAAAAUACGCUGAUGUGCCAAGCCUCGAAUUUGAUCUGCCAAAAUACGCAGAUGCCCAGGCAUUAGAGAAAGCUGUGGAAAAUAUCCAACAAUUGGGAGGUGGCACAGAAACAGGACGAGCGUUGGCAUUUAUGAGUCCCUACUUUGACAAUGCAAAGGUCACUCGGGGUCACAAAGUCAGAGAGUUCCUGGUGGUCAUUACUGAUGGAAAUUCCACGGACGAGGUCAAAGCUCCUGCAGAAAGGCUGAGGCAGCAGGGGGUCACCAUCUACGCCAUUGGAGUGAAAGGGGCAUAUGAAAAGCAGCUGCAGGAGAUUUCUGGCGACUCAUCCAAAACAUUUUUUGUCAACAAUUUUGAUGCACUGAGGCCCAUAAAGGAUGACAUAAUCUCUGAUAUCUGUUCAGAAGAUGCCUGCAAAGACAUACCUGGCGACCUGAUUUUCUUGAUCGACAGCUCUGGGAGCAUCUACCCAGAAGAGUACGAAAAAAUGAAGCAAUUUAUGAAAUCUGUCAUCACCAAGUCCAUCAUUGGAAAAAAUGAGAUGCAUGUUGGUGUCCUGCAAUUCAGUACCAUCCAACAACUAGAGUUUCGCCUCAACCAGUUCUACACCAAGAAUGCAUUGUCAAGAGCCAUUGAUGCUAUGCAGCAGAUUGGAGGAGGCACGCACACAGGCCAAGCUAUCACAGAGGUGUCAAAGUAUUUUGAUGUGACCAAUGGAGGCCGUCCAGACUUAAGGCAGAGACUUGUGGUGAUAACAGACGGUGAGGCUCAAGAUGAGGUGAAGGCGCCUGCUGAGGCUCUGAGGGCCAAGGGAGUUGUGGUGUAUGCCAUCGGAGUGGUGGAUGCCAACACUACCCAGCUGCUUGAGAUCAGUGGGUCUCCAGAAAGGAUGUAUGCCGAGAGGGACUUUGAUGCUCUAAAGGAUUUGGAGAGCCACGUGGCCCUGGAACUUUGUGAUCCCGACAGAGAUUGUAAGAAAACAGAAAAAGCUGACAUCAUUUUCCUCGUGGAUGGCUCCACAAGCAUCGACCCUCCAGAGUUCAAAAGCAUGCAGAAAUUUAUGAUAUCAAUAGUGAACCAAACCACAGUUGGCAAAGACCUGACUCGCUUUGGGGUCAUUCUCUAUUCCACAGAGCCUCAAUCUGUUUUCACUCUGAAAGAUUAUGGUUCCAAAACUGAAGUUCUUACACAAAUAUCUAAUCUGAGCAACCCACAUGGAGACACAUACACCAGCAAGGCUUUGACAUACACGUUACAGUUCUUUGAUGCUAAACACGGUGGUCGGGCAGAACUCCGGGUGCCUCAGAUUCUCAUGGUGAUUACUGAUGGCGAUGCUACUGAUCGUAACAAACUGGUUGCACCAUCAGUGGCACUGCAGCAGCAGGGUAUAAGUGUCUUCAGCAUUGGUGUUGAGGGAGCCAACAAGACUCAGCUAGAGAUCAUGGCAGGCCACGACAAAUCUAAAGUAUUUUAUGUGGACAAUUUUAGUGCCCUCGAAUCUCUGUACAAGAAUAUUACUCAAGUUCUCUGCAAUUCCACCAAACCAGCUUGUGAGAAACAAAAGGCUGACCUGGUGUUUCUAUUGGAUCAGUCUGGCAGCAUUGACUCAAACGACUACAACACUAUGAAAAUGUUCACAGCAGAAUUAGUGAAAAGCUUUAGUGUCAGCCAAGACUUGGUGCGUGUUGGCCUUGCCCAGUUUAGCGACGUCUUCCAGCAUGAGUUUUAUCUGAGGGAGUACUACAAAGAGGAUUUGGUGACCAAACACAUCUUGGCUAUGACUCAGCGUGGCGGAGGAACCCAAAUUGGAAUGGCCCUGGACUCCAUCAUGGAUUUUUUUAAGGCAUCACAGGGCAGUCGCAGAUCUGAUGGGGUGUCCCAGAACCUGGUGCUGAUCACAGAUGGUGAGUCACAGGAUGAUGUGGAGGAAGCAGCUGACCGACUGAGGAAUCUGGGGAUUGAAAUAUUCGCCAUUGGCAUUGGAGACGUGCAUGACCUGGAGCUCCUGCAGAUUACUGGAAACCCACAGAGGCUGUUCACUGUGCAGAACUUUGGCAGUUUGGAAAACAUCAAACAAAAGGUGGUCGACACCAUUUGUAAAUCCAAGCCCCAACAGGAGCCCGCAGGUUGCUCCAUUGACAUCGCCAUGGGAUUCGAUAUUACUCGAAGAAACGGUGACGCGCUGAUGAGUGGCCACAACAAGCUCCAGACCUACCUGCCAGAGAUUGCGCAAUAUGUUUCCUCAGUUUCAGGUCUUUGCUGCGGUGGCUCUGCACCUGUUAAAACAAAUCUCGCCUACCGAAUACUGAGUCAAGAUGGACGAUCUCUGGAUGACUUCAAAUUUGAGGGCUACAGCGAGGAAGUGUUGAGGAAAGUUAUGACCCUGAGUGUAAAGGGGCCCAUGUAUUUCAACACUGCCCUACUUGAAUCCUUCAAGGACAAGUUCAAGGUCCAGUCCAGAGCUGGUGUAAAGGUGCUGCUGAUUUUCUCAGAUGGACUUGAUGAGGAUGUCAUGAAACUGGAGCAAGAAUCAGAGGAGCUGCGUCAGUCUGGGGUCAGCAUGCUGCUGGUUGUGGCGCUGGAGGGGGUGCAUGACUCUGCCCAACUGCAGGCUGUGGAGUUUGGUCGCGGAUUCGGCUACAAGCUCCCCCUCAGCAUCGGCAUGCAGAGCGUUGCCAGCACUGUCCUGAAACAGAUUGACGCGGUGUCGGAUCGGGAGUGUUGCAACGUCAUGUGCAAGUGUUCAGGACAUGAAGGCAUCCGGGGCUCCUGGGGCCCGUCGGGGACAAAGGGCCAGUCCGGGCAGAAAGGAUACCCUGGCUUCCCCGGAGAGGAGGGCAGCGCUGGCGAUCGAGGGCAUCCUGGACCGAGUGGACCCCAGGGCAUUCAGGGUUGUCCUGGGCUCCGAGGUCUGAAGGGAAACCGAGGCCUCCGAGGGAACACGGGAGAAAAUGGAGAAGACGGACUGGACGGAGUCAACGGAGAGCAGGGAGCAACUGGACUGGGUGGAGCUCGAGGACAAAGAGGAGACGCAGGAAACCCGGGGAUCCCAGGUAUCAGAGGGGAGCUGGGUGUGAGGGGACAACCAGGACUGAGAGGAGACCCAGGUGAACCAGGGGCUGACAACACCACACCAGGAGCCAAGGGAGAGCCUGGCAACCCGGGUUCACCGGGUGUACCUGGACAGGACGGUCGAUCAGGUGAGAGUGGAGUCGAAGGAAACCAGGGUCCAGAUGGAAGAAGAGGACCCGACGGCCAGGAGGGGGCAUCUGGAGCAGCAGGAGAACCAGGAACCGCAGGUAGCGCCGGCGCUUCAGGUCAACAGGGUCCCAGAGGGAUCGGAGGUCAACCUGGACCUAGAGGAGCCCCCGGACUCCCUGGACCUCAGGGUGGACCUGGAACACCUGGAAACCCAGGACUGAGCGGACGCCGUGGGACUGUUGGACCUAAGGGACAACCAGGAGAACCGGGGAGCAAAGGGGAACCGGGACCACAGGGACCCAGCGGGCUGCCCGGUCACGAUGGGAAAGAUGGUCACGGACCUGCCGGAAGCAAAGGUGCAAAGGGAGACCCAGGCUUCCCCGGUUACCCUGGACUGACGGGAGAGAGCGGCCUGCAGGGCCCUAAAGGAUUCCCUGGACCCAAAGGGAACCAGGGGACACAGGGAAACUCCGGCAGGCCAGGAGAGUCAGGCGUGUCUGGAGAACCAGGACAUCCAGGACACAGGGGUCCCAGAGGUCCUCCCGGAGGAAAGGCCAAGACCGAGUGUGAGCUGAUCACCUACAUCAGAGACAACUGUGCCUGUUCUCCUGAGCGGUCCGCGUGCCCGGCCGUCCCCACUGAGCUGGUGUUUGCUCUGGACAUGUCUGAGGAUGUGACGCCAGCCUCCUUCGAGAGGCAGCGCUCUGCUCUCCUCCACAUGCUGCAUGACCUCUCCAUCGCUGAGAGCAACUGUCCGACCGGGGCCCGGGUCGCCGUGGUGGCGUUCAGCACCUACACCAAGUACCUGAUUCGCUUCCACGACUACCGGCGCAAGAAGCAGCUGAUGGAGGCUGUGCGGAACGUGGCCUUGGAGAGGACGUCCAACAGGCGCCAUCUGGGGGCGACCAUGCUGUUUGUGGCUCAGAACGUUCUCAAACACACCCGAGCAGGCGCCUUAAUGAGGAGGGUGGCCGUCUUCCUGUCUGCUGGGUCCACGCAGGAUGUUGAAGACGUGGUUACUGCCACCAUGUUGUACCGGGCUCUCAACGUUGUCCCAGCAGUCAUCUCCCUGAGGAACGCUCCCGAUAUCAGUCGAGCCUUGGAGGUCGACGACUCGGGGGGCUCCAUCUUCAGGGUGCUGGGGAGAGACAUGGCCGCAGACCUGAGGAGGGUUAGCAACUGUGCAAUCUGUUACGACCCGUGCCAGCGCACAGAGCAGUGCGCCUUCAUCCAGACGCCCCCGCAGCCUCUGGAGGUGGAUGUGGACCUGGCCAUUGUGGCCGACAGCUCCAGGGAGAUGCAGUCAGAUGAGUACGCUGGCAUCCAGCAGCUGCUGGGCUCUGUGGUGGAGCAGCUGGCCGUGAGCCAGCAGCCCAGCCGGCCGGGCAGCCAGGCCCGGGUAGCUGUGAUCCAGCAGAGCAGCCGAGCCAAGGUGGAGUUUGGUCUGCAGACCUACCAGAACCAAGACCAAAUGAGGAGCCAGAUAAAGAAGAUGCAGCAGCUGGGAGGCUCGUCCAUGCUGGGCCAGACCCUGGAGGUGGCCCUGACUGAGGUGCUGCUCAAGGCCCGACAUCCCCGAAGGAAGAGGGCCCUGAUGGUGGUGGUGGGCUCCCAGACGACGCACACGGACCUGGACAAGCUGCACUAUGUCUCCCAGAAAGCCCAGUGUGAGGGUGUAGCGCUGUUCGUGGUGACGGUGGGCGAUGGCUACAGCCGCAGACAGACGGAGCAGCUGGCCAGUCUGCCGGUGCAGCAGCACCUGAUCCACGUGGAGACGCUGAAGGCCCACGAGCAGGGAUUCGCCCAGCGCUUCUUCAGACUCUUCCUGUCGGCGCUCAACAAGGGAAUCAACACGUAUCCUGCUCCGUCACUAAGGCAGACCUGUGAUCAGCUGACCGAUCAGCAGGGAGGACAAACCAUCACCUCGGGACAGGCCCAAGGGCGGCGGCAGCAGGACGAGGAGGAGGAGGAGGAGGAAGGCUUCCAGGCGCACACAGGAGGACAGACCCAGAUCCAGCUGGACACCAUCGACGCUCAGAGAUUCGUCUCUGUCAAUCUGGACGCCCGGUGUCAGCUGGGUGUUGACGCUGGUUCCCAGUGUGAUGACUUUGUCCAGCUUUGGUUCUUUGACACGCGCCUCGGUGCAUGCUCUCCGUUCUGGUUCGGCGGCUGUGGCGGAAACGCCAACCGCUUUAAAACGGAGAAUGAAUGUUUCUCCACGUGUGUCACCCAUAAUCCAAGCGUCCUGCUGAAGCCACAGCUGCCCAGCUUCGCCUCCAAAGAGGCGUGUUUCCAGCAGCAGGACCCCGGCACCUGCCAGAACUACACCAUGAUGUGGUUCUUCGACACCGAGCAGAAUGAAUGUUCUCGCUUCUGGUACAGCGGUUGCCACGGCAACGCAAACCGCUUCAAGACGCAGGAGGACUGUGAGAACCUCUGCCUGACCAGGAGUCGAUGAGGACGACUCCAGAUCCAGGGAUGGAAGUUAGAUGUGCACCAAACGGUUUCGGUAAUGAAAGUAUUCACAAGUUUAGCAUUUUAUCUAAACCUCUAGCCUUUUAUCAAAGGCAUUGAUCACAGGUCAUUUGUUUGGAAACACAAUGUUUUCAGCAACACUCUAUUAAUGUGCAUCAGUUUGCCAGUCGGCCCCUCCUGUUUCCUUCUGGCCCCUCCUGUUUCCUUCCGGCCCCUCCUGUUUCCUUCCGGCCCCUCCUGUGUCCUUCAGGCCCCUCCUGUUUCCUUCCACCCCCUCCUGUUUCCUUCCACCCCCUCCUGUUUCCUUCCACCCCCUCCUGUUUCCCUCAGGCCCCUCCUGUUUCCCUCAGGUGCUUGUUUUGUUUGUUUAAGGACAGGUUCCUGUUGUGUUGAAGGAGUCAGUUGGACUGUUGACCAAACCAAGAGUACGGUUGUGUUUGAUAGGACUCGUCUGUUUAUGUGAUGUAACUCUGACAAUCAUUUGCUUUGAACUUCAUCCUGUCAACAUUAGAUUACAACUUCACAGAUUCUUUGUAGUCCUGGAUAAGUGUUGAACUUGUUGUGCAGCAGUGAUAAUUUGUGGUUGGUGAGUUCUGUAGUAUCUACUCCAACAUGAAGUGGCUGCAGACCAGCUCCCGUCCCUGUUUGAGCCUUGAAGGUCAUGUUCUCUGUCUUCUGCUGCAGCUUGGAUGUGUCAGGCUUUCAGUGACUAACUGUGCUUCAUACAAAAAAUAAAGACUAUAAAAAAGCUCUGUUA